AUGGGUUUCCUUUUGCCUCGAAUUGUUACCGCCAAGAGAACUCUCAUUCGCUCUCUAUCUAGCUCAAACCAGACAGCUGAUUCAAAGAUCACGGAUAUACCGAAAGGCUAUUUUGCAGUCUAUGUCGGGGAGAGCCAGAAGAAGCGCUUUGUGAUACCAAUAUCAUAUUUGAAUGAGCCUUUGUUCCUGGAUUUGCUGAGUCAAGCUGAAGAAGAAUUUGGGUAUGAUCAUCCAAUGGGUGGUAUCACAAUUCCCUGCAGUGAAGACACAUUCCUUCAUCUUACUUCUCGCUUUAGUGUAUGA